AUGUUAAUAGUGGCUCCCAUCUACGAUCCUUUGGAUAUGGUAGUGCCUUUCACCCUGCCUGCUAAUCUGCUGCUGCAAUACAUGUGCCGACAACAGUUAGGAUGGGAGAAGGAGAUGGAGAAUACUGAGGUCAUCCAAUGGAAUUCAUGGCUUAUGUACUUCCCAAUGUCGCUGGUGAAGUCUACUCACUCUAGUAAUGGGAAGAGCCAGAGUGGCUCCUUUGAAAAGAUGAUCAUUCCAAGGUGGGAGUUAACUGUUGCAACUGUAGCAGCUCGUAUAGAUCAGAAGCUACGAUCAGAACUGAUGUUGAACUUAGAACAGUCUGUCUUCUGGACUGACACGACUUCAUUCAUCGAAGAAAUGCCAGCUGCUUCUCAAGUUGGACAAAAUUUGUUUUCACAGAAAUCUGAAACAAGGUCUCAAGUCUUAAAUGAGAACUGA